AGCCCCCCCUGCUCUAACCACCAGCCCCCCACUCCCUCCCAAGAGCCGGGGAGAGAACCCAGGAAUCCGGGCUCCCAGCCUCUCCUCGCAAAGCUGGACUGAUCAACCCUGUCGGGGCUGCAGGUUGCAGCUUUGGCAGAGGAAAGGCCACCCGUUGCCUCUGCUGGUGCAAGCCGCAGCGGCCAGUGGGCUGGCGAAAUAAGGAGCGCACUGUGUGAGCGACGGAAACAAAAGCAAGUCAGGAUCUGCCAGGCUGGAGCCGUUUCCGCCUAAACCCACGAUGGGCAGCGUCUCCAGCACCCGGGCGCAGGUGGCAUGGGCCUUUGCUGUGCCUUCCAUUGGAUCCCCUGGCAUGGGUAGCUCCUGUGAGGAUCACCCCCCUUUGCCAUCUUAUUUCUGGUAGGAGAAGAACCCUCUGAAAACAGCCCAUUCCCCUCCCUGACCCCGGCGGAGAGAGUUAUCAGGAGGCUGAUGGGUGAUCUGGAAGGGGACCCAGAAGAUCGGGAGGAGUGUCUCCACGUGCCUCAGUUUCCCCACCUGUCCAAUGGCUUGAAAUAGCUGUUGACUAUUUAGGUGGUCAGGUUUGGGACUGUCUCUUAGGGUGCAUAUGUACAGUGACAGGCACGAUCAGGCUCAGCUUUCGUUUGGGGUCUGUGCAGCGUCGGGCACAGCGAGGACACCAAUCUCAGUAAGUACCUGGCACAAGAAGCGCCCGUUGGUGACGGGCAUCUCUGCAGCGCCUGGCACAAUGCAGGGCCCUGAGCUCACUCGGGCUCUGGGCAGUGCCUGGCACGACCUCCAACCCUGAUAUUCUAUGAUGGGAGCCUGAUUUCUGCUGGAGUUUGUGCCAUGGAAAUGCAAAACAUUUGGUCAUCAGCCAGCUGGGACUAAAAAAUGGGUAUUUUCAGCCUGCACGGCUCUGGUCUGGGGUGAAUUCCAAACCCUCCGCUCGUAUAAAUAACCAAGACACCAACAUAGGCAUAACAUUUUCCCUGUCAAUGACUCAUUUCUUUCACGGGUCCUGGUCGUCCCUUCCAGCUUCCUUCAGCUUCUUUCCAAUUCCCCCUUUUUUGUGGCUCCAGAAUCCUUGGGUUUGUUAUUUUGACUUUUUCAAAAAGAAAAAGGCAGCCUUUUCACUGAGCCUUGGCCCUCUCCUCUUUGGCAGAGGCUGAUGUAAACAGCCGGGCCGGGCCAUGAAAGGAUCUGGCUCCGUAUUUGUUUAUUUCCUUGCUUAGCUUCCACCACCUCGAGGGAUCGGCGCAGCCCUGGAGGGGAUCUCAACACUGCAAGGAGUCACGGAGAUCUUCGAAUCUGACCUGGUGACACGGGCCGGAGAAUGGCCAGCGUUUAUGCUGGGAUAGCGCCCGUUGCUUCUGAUGGAUCUUCCACACCCAGUGCUGAUCAAAAGACAUCAAGAGACGGGCAAUCCACCCUGUCCCUAGCCAAACCCAGAAUCUCCCUGCGGCCGGCCUGGCUCGCGUUCCCAACGCCAAGAGUUUUCGCCACGGUCGAUCCCCUUUGCAUCUUUUGGAAACCAGCGUCACAAGAAGUAACCCCGGCAAUUCUGACGUCCUCUGGCUCGUGAACGUGAAGAGUCUCCGACAGCUGGUCCCCUGUCCUGGGGCUGGACGGGAGCCGGCGCCCCCUAGAGGGGAAAGCCCCAUUCCCCACCUCCCUGAGGGCUUGAUGGGGGCUGGCACUCUGCCCCCAACCCUUUCCCCCAGUCGUCCAGCCUUUGUGGGGGGCGGUCCUCUGGCCUGUCUGUGCGGGAGGGCAGGCUGCAUGAUCCCAGCAGGCCUGGCUGGCCCCAUGGGAAGAAACGGGGCUCGAACUGGUGUGAAAUCCAGCUCGAUAAACUCCCCGUGGCUCCUCCGAGGAAACGCUUCGCACCUGCAGAUCUUGAGCCGGACUCAUUCCUGACCGUAGAGUUCAGCCCAGCCAGGCAUGCAGGGCCAGCUCCUUCUCCACUGACCGCCCAGGCUCUGGCUCCCGUUGACCUACUCACAGGCUCCCUCACAUUUUUUUCCUCUUUAACCCAGGGCACGGACUCGCCUGAACAUUUUGUUUUCAUUUCAUCUUACGGAGGGGAGAGCGAAGGCCUGGCCUCCCUCCAGCCUCCGAGGGGCGGACAAUCACAGCUUGUGUCCGCAUGAAUGCUACAUUGAGAGGUGCCGGGGGGGGGGGAAACCCAUGAAGCUUUAAAAAGUGCGUCCAAAAAAGAGAUCUCCGAGGUUGGUGCUUCUCGGCAGAGCUGCGGGGACUCAUCAUGCCAAUGCUGAGACAGCUGCUGCUCUUCUCCUUUGCUCUCCUACUGUGCCUGGAACCUCUACCCAGCACCGGGCACCCCCGGAUUCCAGAGCUCACCAUGACCAGCUUCUCCGUCCGCUCCACCAUUGUGUCCCGCUACGCCUCCACCCGUGUUCGGACCGAGCUGAGCAACCCCCACGCCGAGCCCAAGGAAGCCAUCUUCGACCUAGACCUGCCCAGCUCGGCCUUCAUCUCCAACUUCACCAUCACCAUCAACAAUAAACUCUAUGUGGCCGAGGUGAAAGAGAAGCGUCAGGCCAAGAAGAUGUACGACGAGGCCCGGAGACAGGGCCAGACAGCAGCUCAUGUUGGCACUAGGGAUCGGGAGACAGAGAAGUUCCGGGUCUCUGCCAGCGUAGCAGCUGGAAGCCAGGUGUCCUUCGAGCUGAGCUACGAGGAGCUGCUGCAGCGGCACCUGGGCAAGUACCAGCAUGCUGUGAGCGUGCGUCCCCAGCAGGUGGUGGGGAACCUCACCGUGGAGGUGAGCAUCUCGGAGCGCACCGGCAUCGACUACGUCCACGUGCUGCCCCUCCGCACCAGCCGCCUGCUCACCAACACCUUGCGAGGAGACACCGAUGUGCCGCCGUCCACCCGGGUGGAGAAGGGGAGCCACUGCGCCUGGGUUGUCUUCACCCCGACCCCGCAGGAACAGGCGGCUUUCUCCAGCUCAGGCAUCCUGGGGGACUUCGUGGUACAGUACGACGUGGCCAUGCCAGAUGUGGCUGGGGACGUGCAGAUCUACAACGGCUACUUCGUUCACUACUUCGCCCCCCGCGGCCUGCCCCCCGUGCAGAAGAACGUGGUGUUUGUCAUCGACAUCAGCGGCUCCAUGCACGGCACCAAGAUGAAGCAGACCAAGAAGGCCAUGCACAUCAUCCUGAGCGACCUCCACCCGGACGACUGCUUCAACAUCGUCACUUUCUCCGACACCGUCCGCGUGUGGAAGGCCGGGCGCUCCAUCCCGGCCACGGCCCACAACGUCCGCAGUGCCAAGGACUAUGUCCACAGGAUGGAAGCUGAUGGAUGGACCGACAUCAACAAGGCCCUGCUGGAGGCCGCCUCGGUGCUGACCCAGGGCACGCCGGAGCCGUCCCCCCGGCGGAUCCCACUGCUCAUCUUCCUGACGGAUGGGGAGCCCACGGCGGGCGUGACCUCAAGCACUCGCAUCCUGGCCAACACCCGGCAGGCCCUGGGCGGCUCCGUCUCGCUGUUCGGCCUGGCCUUCGGGGACGACGCCGACUACGGGCUGCUGCGGCGCCUGGCGCUGGAGAACCGAGGCGUGGCCCGGCGCAUCUACGAGGACGCCGACGCCACCCUGCAGCUCGCCGGCUUCUAUGACGAGAUCGCCAGCCCGCUGCUGUACGAUGUGGCCCUGUCCUACCGCGAUGGCGCCGACCUCACCCGCACCCUCUUCCCCCACUACUUCCAGGGCGCCGAGCUGGUGGUGGCCGGGCGGCUGGCCCCAGGGGCCACCGAGCUGCAUGUCGAGGCCGCAGGCCACGGGCACGCCGGGCAGCUGAGGCUGGAGAACGAUAUCUCAGCCAACGCCACGGAGGCCGCCCCGUUCGGCUGCUCUCCGGACCUGGGGCAGAUCGGGCGAUUCGUCCAGCGCCUCUGGGCCUACUUCACCAUCCAGGAGCUGCUCCGGGCCCGGUUCCACUCCAACGACACCGCUGCGCGCCGGCUGCUCACCGAAAAGGCCACCAACCUCUCGCUGAAGUAUAACUUCGUCACGCCCGUCACCUCGCUGGUGGUGGUGAAGCCGGAGGAGGAGGAGAGUACCACGGCUCGGGCCACGCCAGGGGCUCCUGGCACACCCCUGGCCACCACGGCGGCCCACCGUGGCACCAAAGCUUCUGGAGUCAUGCCCACUCCGGGGGCUACAUCCACCUCGCUCCCUGAUGGUGCCACCAAAGCUGCCACAGCCCUCCCCAGCCUAGCCAGAGCCACGCCCGUCCCAGGAGCAUCUGCCACGUCCCAGGGCGCCUCCAAACGAGCCCGAGCCACUCCAGCACCUGGCACUGCCACGGCAUCGCCAGCUCCUCCCAUGGCCCAUGGUGUCACCAAAGCAGCCAGAGCCACACCCGGAAGAGCACCCAAAGCUGGGAACCCCAGAGCCACAGCUCAUCCAUCACCGAGCCCAGGAUCAGCCACGGCACCCCCCUCCGGCCAGCAGGAGAUGCCCCCGCAGCCGGCCACCAAGCGCCAGCCACAUCCCAGAACAGAGAGGGCCCCCUUCUCAUGGGGCACAGCAGCUCCCACGGCCUGGACUGUCACAGACGCCUGGACUGGCAACAGCACAGCUGCCACCAGCCUGGGGCCCAAUGCCGCCACCACCCCCAGGGCGGAGUCCAAGGGCCCCCGGGGCACGCCGGGCACCGUGGGAUCCAUCCCACCAGCCACUGACCUCAGCCAGUGGCUGCUGCUGCUGCCGGCAGAGUCAGAGCUGCUGUCAGCAAAGGACGUGGCUGAGAAAUUCGUGGAGUCCCUCCACCCGCCGGCUGUGUACAGCUUUGUGGCGGCCAAAGGAGAGAAGGGUGUCCUGGAUUAUGAAGACUACUCAGACUUGUUAGAGGAACAGGACGGCGACACAGUGGAUGGAGACCCUCACUUUGUGGCACGACUGCCCGGCUCCCCUGAGACCCUGUGCUUUACCCUGGAUGGGCACCCAGGAGAUGUGCUCCAGCUGGUGACUGACCCCCCCAGCGGGCUGUCAGUCCAUGCCCACCUGGUUGGCGCCCCCCCAUGGCCGGGCUCGGCGGAUCGGCCACGCACCUACUUAGACGCCAUCACGGUGCGGGUGGGGCCUCCCCGGCUCCGCUAUGUGAUCACCGUGACGCUCCAGGGCGUGGCGCUGCAGGGGGAGGGGGCCCUGGAUCUGCCCUUCGACCACCCGGCCUGGGUCAGCCGCCCCGGGCUGGGCGUGCGGGUGGGGCCGGGCACCAACGUGACGCUGCGGCUGGGCGCCGGGCUGGAGUUCGUGGUGCAGCGCCAUCGGUACAGCCACCCCCGCCCCCUGCAGAGAGACCACCUGGGCUUCUACGUGCUGGACGGCAGCGGGCUCUCGGCCCAGGCCCGCGGGCUGCUGGGCCAGUUCCAGAACGCUGACAUCCGACUGCAGCCAGGCGCCGGGGAGCGGCCCGCCCGGCUGCAGAGAGGGGGGGCCACGGUGCCGGCCACGCGAGUCACCAAGCUGCUGAAGGACUCGCCCCUGCCGGCCCACCACGCCCCCUGCUGGCUGGUGAAGGGCGGCAACGUGGAGGCCCUGCUGGGCGGGGCCUACGGUGCCUUCGUGGUCCCCCAUCCGCCGGAGGCGUGAGGCCAGGGGGUGAGACUGACCCCCCACCCGAGUAGGACACGGCUUGUGGGUUUAAGGUGGAAUCGUCCCUCUCCCCCCUCCAAUCGUGGAUUUAACGCGGACUCGUCCCUUUCCCUGUUUCCUGCAGUUUGUGGAUUUCACGGGGAAUUCUCCCUCCCCACCAUGUGGAUUUAAGGUGGAAUCCUCCUGACCUGCCGUGGAUUGUGGAUUAAAGGUGGAGUCUCCCCUUGCCCACAAGCUUGCUGAACCAAGGGGGAUCCCACCUUCCAGUUAAUGGACAUGGAUCUUUCAAUUAAGUUGGAUUUCCUUCUCCAGUGCAAUGUGGUGCUUGAAGGUGGAAUGGAUACGGGUUAUUGAUGUAAGGUGGAUUUUUCCCCCGUGUAAUUGUGCGUUAUUCAUCCGUUCACCAUGGUUCCCCCCUAUGAUAUGGGGUGUAGGUAAUUUAAUUUGUAAAGUCAAUUCUAACUACAGUUCUAGGAGAAUCUUGGCUUGAAGGGGGGAUUUUCCCAGCUGGGCUUCACUGGCUGAAGGUGGGAUUCCUAGUGGGCAAAUCCAGCCCAGGGGUUUCAGGUGGAAGAUCACUGCCAGCUUUCACAGGGUAUUUCCCCAGGCGCCCAACGCACGGGUGUAAGGGGACCCUUCCCCAGAGGGCCAGCAUGCAAUUUAAGGUGGAA